AUGGCACAAUCCCUAGAUAACGGAGAGGGCUCGUCCCGCCAACCUCGAUCAAUAACACCCGUGCCGAUCUCUGAGAUGCGUUCUGGAUCUCCUUCGGUAAAUGGAAGACCGCGGCAAUCUUCAAUGGCACGGUUAGCGUCCGGGAUACCUUCGUCUCCGGGAUCGUCUCCGGCUAGACAUCCACCAUCGCAUCCAUUGCCCACCGGACCGGACCCAGACCUUCAGAGAGUCGAAAACCAGUCCUCCUUGCCAGGUCCUGGACAAUCAAUGAUCGCGUCAGGUCUCCAGGAUAUCCCAGGUCGGUCAUCCCCAAGACUCGAAACACAGAUAGGGCGAACCGCAUCUCCCGCUUUGCGGCCGGUCAAGUCCAUCUACGGCUCCUUUGACAACAGAUCCAACACGGAUAGCCCAAGCCACGCUGGAGCUCCGGUUGAGGACCCAGAAGUCGUCAAGAGACACUUGGUACAGCCCCAUCAGGGUUCGCCUAGCCGGCCCGCGAGUUCCUGGCAAGACUCGACGAGUAAUGGCGACGAUGAGUUCUCUAGCUUGAAACUCCAGGGAGGCGAUGUGACGAGACAGAUAUACAAGUGGGCGCAACAGGCAGAGGAAGGGGAUCUUCCAGGGAAACCACACCGAAGCAAGAGUUUUAGUCACACGCGGCCACUCCCGGACGCCGAAACAAUGGACAUCAACACGAUCCGGGUGCCAGGAGGAUUCCGGAGAGACCAUAUACGAAGAACGGUAGGCUAUCCCUAUGAAGAGAGUAUCAGUGGCUCAAGUGCACGACCAGCACCGGCUCAGCCUCACUUGCCGACAAGCAACUUCCUCGAGUUCUUGACCCUUUACGGCCACUUCGCAGGUGAAGAACUCGAAGAAGACGAUGAGGUCUUGGGUCCAAACGAGUAUUUUGGCUCUGAUACGUGGGACGAAGGCGAAGGCGGAGAGAUAGGAGAAGAAACUGCCCUUCUUCAGCGACGAGAUGCGGCCGGCAAGAGGGUACGCAAGCCCCGAGGUGUGACUGGAACCAAUGACAGGUGGGGAGCGGCUAUGCUUCUGCUCAAGGCUUUCAUGGGCACUGGUGUUCUCUUUUUGCCCAAGGCCUUUUUUAACGGAGGCAUGCUAUUCAGCAGUUUGGUGCUGCUUGGUGUAUCGCUUCUUAGUUACUAUUGUUUCGUCCUUUUGGUUAAUACUCGAUUGAGGGUUGACGGUUCAUUUGGUGACAUGGGAGGUAUUCUUUACGGAAAGCAGUUUCGGCACAUUAUCCUAAGUUCAAUUGUGAUCAGCCAACUCGGGUUCGUGGCUGCGUACACGGUCUUCACGGCCGAAAACUUGCAGGCAUUUAUCCUUGCUGUCAGCAAGUGCAAAUCAUUCAUCGACGUCAAGUGGUUGAUAUUAUUGCAAGUGCUUUUUUUCCUUCCCCUUUCAUUAUUCCGUGAUAUCAGCAAACUCGGAUUCACUGCCCUCAUUGCAGAUGUAUUCAUCAUGCUGGGCCUGGUUUAUCUUUACUACUACGAUGCCACUCAUAUUGUAUCGCAAGGCGGCGUCGCAGACAUGAAGAACUUCAACUCAUCUUCAUGGACGCUCUUUAUCGGAACUGCUAUCUUCACGUUUGAAGGCAUUGGUCUUAUUCUUCCAAUCCAGGAAUCCAUGAGGCGUCCGGAGCAAUUCCCCGGUGUCCUCGCUCUUAUCAUGAUAAUCAUCACGACCAUCUUCCUCUCCGCAGGUGCUCUCAGCUACGCAGCCUUCGGAUCCGAGACCAGAACUGUCGUACUCCUCAACAUGCCACAAGACAACAAGUUCGUGAACGCAGUCCAGCUUCUCUACUCAAUGGCGAUUCUCCUGUCUACCCCACUGCAGCUGUUCCCGGCUAUUCGUAUCAUGGAGAACGGAAUGUUCACGCGUAGCGGUAAGUACAACCCACGCAUCAAAUGGCAGAAGAACUGUUUCCGUUUCUUCCUCGUUUUGUUCUGCGCUGUCAUUGCGUGGGGUGGCGCCGCAGACCUCGACAAGUUCGUGUCGGUUGUUGGCAGUUUUGCUUGUGUGCCUUUGGUCUACGUGUACCCGCCACUCCUACAUCUCAGAGGCUGCGCCCGAUCCCAUCGACAAAAAAUCCUGGAUAUCACUCUCGCAUGCUUUGGCAUCAUCGGCUGUAUCUACACGACCACACUAACCCUCUCCAACUGGGUUAGCGGAGAAGUUGAGAAGACUCCUGGAUACUGUGAUUCAUGA